CGGAUGUUAGGCGGACGUUGUCGGUUAGCAACAAGUCUGACAACAGCGGGCUGCAGCGGGACAGCUGUUAGUCCGAGAACAGCGGCUGACCCGGGUUAGUUACUCUCUGAUCUCAACCGCGCCAAUAUGGAGGGCCGACCGGGGCGCGUGUGCUGCGCGCGAUGGAUCCACCCGCUGUGAGGUUGUGGACCAGGCGCGUGAAGGAGUCCGUCCACGUCCCCGGCGCGUGUUUAAAAAUGAUUCAUUAGAGCGGAGCUAACGGCAGGAUGAAGCACCGCAGCUAACUUUAUUUACACUCGCACUCACUACAGGGACACGGGACUGCUGGGUGACGUCAUGGACUCCCUGCUGGACUUUGAGGAUUGCGUCAAAGACUCACCUGAGUUCAGGCUGGCUCUGGAUCAGUUUGAAACAGAUGUUUCACAGCUGGAGACAAAACUGGACAAGGUGAUGAAGCUGUGUGGGAAGAUGGUAGAGGCGGGACAAGCGUACAGCACUGCCAAUAAGCUGCUGCUGAGCGGCCUAGCUGAGCUGUGCACCAAUCAGACGAAGGACAGCGUGAUCACAACCUGCUUGAACCAGUUCCACCAGGGCCUGCAGGAGAUGGUCAGCUUCCACACUCUCAACACCUUCAAGACUCAGCAGAAGGUCGACAUCUUAAACUCUAUGUUCUCCUUCGUCCACGCUCAGUUCACCUUCUUCCACCAGGGCUUUGACCUGCUAAGAGACCUCGAGCCCACCAUGAAAACCAUGGCAGCGCAGCUGUCACAGCUGUCUGCAGACUGCACGGCCAAGAGGAAGGAGCUGGAGAACAGACACCUGCUGGUCCAGCAGAGGGACGCUUCAGGUGAGCCGAUGGUCAGCGCGUGUCCUGGCAAUGAUGACAUCAUCCGGGGUUACCUGUUCAAACGCUCGAGGAGGAAAUCUAAAAUGUGGAAGAGAUCCUGGUUCACCAUCAGAGACAACCAGCUCAUAUACAGGAAGUCCCACAAGGAGGAAGCUGUGGUUCUGUUUGAGGAUCUUCGACUGUGUGCUGUCAAAUCUCUGGAUCACGUGGACCGACGCUUCUGCUUUGAGCUGCUCUCCGUCCAGAAGUGUUGUGCUCUGCAGGCCGACUCGGAGCAGCUGAAGCAGGCCUGGCUCAGUGCUCUGCAGGGCAGCAUCGACCUCGCCUACAGAGAGCGAACCGACACUCAGCUGACGCAGCCUAAGGAGCUCCCCCCUCUGCAUUGUGGCGGGGACGUCUCUCCGGGCCCUCCCGCCCAGAGGCCGGCAGCAUUGAGCGUGGCCCUGAGUGGCCCUGGGAACCAGAGGUGCUGUGACUGCGGGGAGGAAGAGCCUCGCUGGGCCUCCAUCAACCUGGCAGUCACCAUGUGCAUCGAGUGCUCAGGCAUACACCGGAGCCUCGGAGUCCAUCUGUCGAAGGUGCGAUCUCUCACUCUGGACUCCUGGGAGGCCGAACAGCUGAAGCUGCUGUGCGUUCUGGGAAACGAUGUGAUGAACCAGAUCUACGAGGCGCGAUGUUCAGAGGAGGGACGACUCAAGCCCCGAGCCGACAGCCCACGGGCCGAGAAGGAGGCGUGGAUCAAAGAGAAAUACGUGGAGAAGAAGUUUGUUCAGGCCAACGGCGCUCAGCAUCAUCGUCAUAAGGACUCAGCCAUGCUACGUCUCUAUCAGGCGUCUUUGGCAGGAGACCUGGUUGUGUGCCUGCUGCUGAAGAGAGGAGCCAAUCAGUACGCAGUGGACGAGAGAGGUCAUGACCCUCUGGCCAUCGCCGUGGAAACGGCCAAUGCUGACAUCGUCACUCUGCUCCGGAUGGCCCGGAUGAACGAGGAGAUGAGGGAUUCGGAGGGAGCCUUCGGCGCCGCGGGAGAUGAUGAGACGUUUCAGGACAUCUUCCGGGACUUCAGCGACAUGGCGUCACAUGACCCGGAGCGACUGAGCCGGCGACACUUCAGCCGAGGAGGGGCGGAGGAAGAGGAGGAGGGGUAGUGUUGAAAGGAUGGAGAGCGGUGACGGUAACCGUGUAAAUUAUUCUGUCAGGAGUACCAGCCCACGCAGGAGGAAGACCUCAGACACCUUCUUGGAUUACCGUUGAUGGAGAACCGUCACCGACCUUCAGAUAACCACGAGUGCAGCUGAAAAUAUUUCCUCUCAUAUUAACCUCAGAUUAUUGAAUCUAAAUAUAUUUUAUCUGAAUAAUCACGUCUUAACUCUCAUGAGAGGAGAUCGAUGUUACAGAGGUUUGUCCUCAGUCACGCGACUUUACUUCAGGAUGUAGUUACAGCUAGCGCCCCCUGCUGGGCACAGUUAAUCGUUACUAAUUUACUGUGAAGAUACUGACACGUCCUGAAAAACUUCCAACAGCACUUUAUGUCCUCACAAUUCAGACAGCAUUCCAGAAAACGUUUCCAGAUGUUUCCGCUCCUGCGCCGAAAAAUAGGAAUCACCGAAAGCUGGAGCGGAUCUCUGGGAAUGAAGGUGGUGCUGUUUGAGCUCUGACAGCUGAUGGAGCUACAGCCUCCACCUUUUGUUUUAAUCUGUCUCUGUUUGAAAGUCCCAGCUCGGUAAUAACAAGGAAAUACAACAACAGUAACGUGUGACCUCACCACACAGUGAAGGGUAAUAACAGACACGUUUUGGUAUCGUGGUUUUUAGAUGUUUGUUAGACUGAAAUGUCUUUAAUGUAAUAACAAAUACAACGACAGGGGAACAAGAGAGGAUACUUUUAACACUCUGAAACCCUUUAAACAAUAAAAUGUUUAAUAUUUGGAGGUGAAUCUUUAAUAUAGUGACGUUUAUGUGCUAACAUGUUUUUACAUUCUGGGACAAAUUCGGAUUAAAUUGAUCCAAAGUUCUCCCUCGUUUGAAGGUAAUGUAAAUAAUUAUUACCUCGUGUCUUCUGCUGUAUUUCACAGUAAUAUUUACAACUGGAACCAGAAAAACGCGUCUGAACGUAAACCUUUCAGCUGUUACUGUAAAUAUUUGGCUGUCAUUUCCACGUUUUUACCGAGCUGUGACGGAGCUUCGCUGAUACUGAUGGAGGAAGAAGAAGCGUCAGGGUUGAAAUAACCUCCCUUAAUGCCCCGUGUUUAACAGUGUGUCCAAAAGGGAUUUCAGACUUUUGCUGCUCAUCUGUUUUUAACUGUUUGUGUGACUGAACGAGGCCGCGAGGCUCGUCUCUGACUGAAUGUUUGACACAGCAGGACGCGUCGAAUCACGCCGAUGACGCCGUUCGUUACUGCUGUGAUGCUACUGCUCAAUAAAACCACUGAAGAAGAGUCUCUGAUGUUUGUUCUCACCAAUCACACUUUGAGCUCCAGCUGUUUUAGACAGUUUGCUACAGUAAUUCAUACCUGUCCACCUGUGGAUUUCACAAGCUCCGCCCACCGUCUGCGCACCUGCGAGCACAGAUGUAAAAAAUAACACACUUUCUGUUUGUUGUUCUCUGAAAAAACAUUUAAAAAUUAAACAUCCAAACGUGAGCCGAUGAGUGGAAAUAAAAAGCAGGGCGGGACUAAAACUUUACCUGAACGAAGGGGUGUGGCCUAACAUUUCAAAAUGUCUGUUUUUUUGUUUUAAAUAAAGUCUGUUUCUGAUGG